CAGAACCUCAGACCAUCGCACUACCAUUAGUAUGCUGAAAUCACUCAUCAGACGAACGGGUCAUAUCAACCAAGGCGCCCUUCCCUUGUCUAGAGGACAUAGAAGCCUUAGUACCAACUUUUCAGUGCCACUUAUCAUCAAUGGCCAGCAGGUACACACUUCCGAAUCUUUUCCAGUUACCAGCCCUUUGACCAAUAAAGAAAUAUGGUCCUUUUCCUGUGCCAAGGAUGAGCAUAUACAAAAAGCUGUCCAAAGUGCCCAUACUUCGAGCAGACGGGAUAUCUUCCUCAAGGCCGCUGAUACAAUGGAUCGGCGACGGGCCGAGCUGGGGGAAUAUAUGCAUCAUGAGAUCAGCGCCAAUAAGUUCUACCAAGAUUUUAUCCUUAGAGUCACAAUUGAAGGGUUGCGAGAUACUGCUGGUAGGAUAGCUGGGGCUAUAACGGCUAUGGUACACAAAAAACCGUAUGGAGUCGUGCUUAGAAUAGCACCUUGGAAUGCGCCUUAUAACCUCGGCCUUCGAUCAGUCCUCUUUGCUCUAGCUACUGGCAAUACGACAAUUUUGAAAGGCUCAGAAUAUAUACCUCGAUGUUACUGGGCAAUCUAUGACGUCCUACGUGAGGCUGGUCUGCCUGAUGGUUAUUUAAACUUACUAUUCCAUUCACCGGCUGAAGCGGCUAGCACCAUCGACAGCCUUGUUUCACACCUACUUGUCAAGAAGAUCAACUUUACUGGUAGUACUGGAGUCGGGAGGAUCAUCUCGGCCACUGCUGGGAAGCACUUGAAGCCUAUCUUGAUGGAGCUUGGAGGAAAGGCCAGUGCAAUCGUACUCAAGGACGCUGAUCUGGAACAAGCUGCUCGCCACUGCGUACAAGGAGCUUUCCUUAACGCUGGCCAAAUCUGCAUGUCCACGGAACGCAUUAUUGUUCACGAAUCUAUCGCGUCUGAAUUCCAGGACCUCCUUAGCCAUGUCAUAAGAAAGAACUUUGGCACCGCAUAUGAUACGCCUGCUGUGGUGACUUCAGCCUCGGCCAGUCGUAAUCGCGACCUUAUCUCAGAUGCCAUAUCCAAAGGAGCAUAUCAGGUUAAGAUCUUUGGGGAUGAAUAUGCCCAUGAGACGGAGACUAAGAUAAGACCUGUCGUCCUCGGUAACUCAUUUGGCCCCAGUGUAUCCCUUUUUAUAUUUCAGACGCACCGUGAAGCGCUAGAUUUAGCAAACGACAUAGAAUACGGCUUGACUGCUUCGAUUUUCUCUAAGGAUUUGAAGGCAGCCUUUGAUCUAGCUAAUGAUUUGGAGUCAGGGGCAGUUCAUAUUAACUCUAUGACGGUGCAUGAUGAGUCUUCUCUCCCUCACGGGGGUGUAAAGGAUAGUGGAUUUGGUCGAUUCAAUGGUUCUCAAGGAUUGGACGAGUUUCUUUAUUAUAAGACAGUUACCUGGAUGGAGUGAUACUUAUAUAGUUGUACUACAUAUUUGUAUAAGCCAGCAAUGAACCAGUUUUAAGCUUCA